UAGUUAACGUAAGUUGUUUGUCCUGCUCUAAUUUUGUAAACAUGUGUUUUUGAAAGGUAACCUCAAAAAGUACGUACCUUAAACGCGGUGCUAUCAUGUGGGCCAGUUGUUUAUAAAACGUUUUUAAUUAGUGUGAAGUUAAUAUUAUUUGAAAUAAUUAAAAUGGAAGUCGAAGGCUAUCCAGGGUUAAUUAAAACUAUUAAUGAUGACGAAGAAGUAGAAGAUUUUUCAGAAGAAUCCGAUGUGGAGGAAGACUAUCAACCAACAAAACAGAAAAUCAAAAGAAAAGCAGAUUUCGAUCCGAAAUUUAAGUUUGUUUCUUCAGUGGAAGAAUAUAAUAAGGACCCAUGGGAUGAUUUACAAAAAUAUGUACGGAGAAAUGUAAAGAGAACUCUAGACCAAAAGAUAGAAAUAAAAAGAGCUGAGGCUAAAGUGAAAGGCAAUGCUGAUGUUGAUACCGAUUCUGAAGCAGAGGCCAAGGAUGGUGACGUUGAUGAGUUGGAAAUAUCUGAUGAUGAACUGAAAAAAGAUGAUAUCAAAACUAAGGUGAAGAAAUUAAGUAAAAAACAGAAACAGAAGCAGGAAUUAAAAGAAGAAGAAAAUGAAGGUGCACAAAUUGAGUAUGAGUCAGAUUUCUUCGAAGAACCCCCACAAUAUGACGAAAAAGCUUCAUUUUACAUGAUGAAUCUCUCGCGGCCACUGCUCAAAGCUAUCGGCACAUUGAAUUACGUACAUCCUACACCCAUUCAAGCAGCAACAAUACCCAUCGCUCUAUUGGGUAAAGACAUAUGCGCAUGCGCAGCGACAGGUACUGGAAAGACAGCGGCUUACAUGCUACCAAUACUGGAGCGUCUGCUCUACAAGGCGGUCGCUGAGCGAGUCACUCGAGUACUUGUGCUUGUACCCACUCGUGAGCUUGGCGCGCAGGUGCAUACCGUAACUCGUCAGCUAUCUCAGAACACUGCGAUAACAAUUGGACUGUCGGUGGGAGGUUUGGACGUCAAAUAUCAGGAAAGCGUCCUGCGUCGUAACCCAGACAUAGUAAUAGCCACACCGGGCCGUCUAAUAGACCACAUAAGAAAUACCCCAUCCUUUGGCUUGCACUCCAUUGAAGUACUGGUCCUCGAUGAGGCUGACAGAAUGCUCGACGAGUACUUCGCAGAGCAAAUGAAAGAGAUCAUCCGUCAGUGCUCUCCCAAACGCCAGACCAUGCUGUUCUCAGCAACCAUGAGUGAUGAGGUCAAGGACCUUGCUGCUGUAUCCCUCAACAAACCUGUUAAGCUCUUCGUAGACUCCAAUAAAGACGUGGCCUUCAACUUGAGGCAGGAGUUUGUGAGGAUUCGUAAGGAGCGCGAGUCGGACCGUGAGGCGAUAUUGUCAGCGCUGGUCUGCCGCACGUUCCGCGACCGAGCCGUCAUCUUCGUACAGACCAAAAAACAGGCGCAUAGACUUCAUGUGGCGCUGGGGCUGUUGGGGAUCAAGGUGGCAGAAUUACACGGAGCCCUAAACCAGCCACAGCGUUUAGACUCCCUGAAACGUUUCAAAGAGGAGCAGGUUGAUGUACUGGUAGCUACUGAUGUUGCAGCCCGAGGUUUAGACAUACCGGGAGUAAAGACUGUGAUUAAUUUUACGCUACCCGCCACCUUGGAGCACUACAUUCAUAGGGUGGGGCGCACGGCGCGCGCGGGCCGCGCCGGCGUGUCGGUGUCGCUGGCGGGCGAGGCGGAGCGCGCGCUGGUGAAGGCCGUGGUGCGCCGCGCGCGCCGCCCCGUCAAGAGCCGCGCCGUGCCGCCCGACAUCGUGGACAAGUACCGCCGCAAGCUGGAGCGGCUCGAGCCCGAGAUCGCUGCAAUCUUAGACGAGGAAUAUGCGGACAAGCAACUCAAAAAGAUGGAAAAGCAAACAGCUAAACUGGAAGGUGCGAUCAAGAAGGAAGAUGGUCCCAAGUUUAAGACUCAGCGACAACACGAAUGGUUCCAAACCCCGAAGCAAAAGAGAGAAGAAAAGGAAAGGCUCGCUCUGACACAACACCCCGGGAAAGCUGAUAAAUUCAAAAAAGGCAAAGGCAAGAAACGCAAGCACGAUGACGAUUCUGACGAUGACGACAACAAGAAAAAGAAAAAAAAGGUGACGAAACAUACGCCAAAGGAUACGGCUGAAGAGAGAGUGAGGCGAGAGAUGGAAAAGGUAGCGUUAUUACAAUCAAGAAUGGUAAAACGCAAGAAGAAAUUGCGCAGGAUACGAACAAUGGAUGAUGAUGAUGAUCGACCAGCUCCAAACAAGAGCAAGCAGACUAACAAACGAAAGAAACAGACAAACUUUGCUAGCGAAUUCACAGACACAUCCAAAGCCUCAGCUAAACGUUUACGUUAUGACGCCAAUAGGGUUCAGAAAGGAUUACCAUUACAGAAUGGUAAAGGGAAACCAACGAAGGGUAAGCCGAAGGGUAAGGGCAAAACGUUUGGGAAGCCGCAGGCACCAAAACAAGGUCCUCGUAAGAAAUAUAAAUAAACUUUUAAUAUUUAGUU